AUGGCGCGCACUAAACAGACCGCUCGUAAAUCAACCGGAGGAAAGGCUCCACGAAAGCAACUCGCAACAAAGGCAGCAAGGAAAAGUGCUCCAGCCACUGGCGGUGUUAAGAAACCUCAUCGUUACAGGCCAGGAACAGUCGCACUCCGAGAAAUUCGCCGCUACCAGAAGUCUACAGAACUUCUCAUCCGCAAACUCCCCUUCCAAAGAUUGAUUCGUGAGAUAGCGCAGGAUUUCAAGACCGACUUGCGUUUUCAGAGUUCUGCCGUGUUGGCGUUACAAGAAGCGGCAGAGGCUUACUUGGUAGGAUUGUUUGAGGACACUAAUCUUUGCGCAAUUCACGCCAAACGAGUCACCAUUAUGCCCAAAGACAUUCAGCUUGCGAGACGUAUUCGUGGAGAACGCGCUUAA